GCGUGCCCAUACAGCCUGAGUCCUGCAAGCUGUGGUCACUCGUUCUGCGCACUGUGUCUCCUCCAAUGGUAUUUCACACAUCUCUGCGACGCAUGCAGCAGCUGGUGCUCCGAGCUAGCAUGUCCCUUGUGCCGGGCUGAAUUGCCCAACGAUUGGGCCGGUGAACUCAUAUGGCCUCGCCCAAUGUUCACCCUACCCUUCACGCCUUCCCGGCUAGCCGAUGAGCGGGUUACUGCACUCGUGGACAUGUUGUGCGGUCCUGUUCCCACCAACUCGUCUGAAGGCAGUAGCAGCAGGCGUAAGAUGAGCAAAGGUAAGAAACCGCAAUCUCCAAAGGAGGCCGGACCAUCGAGUGGUUGGGAACAUGGUGGGAGGCUUCGAGAGGAGUGGCAAGACCGCAAUAGGUACGCGCACUAG